GGAGUGAUCUGUUAUCAACCUGUACUUAACUGUAUUGUAAAUCGUGUUCGUUUCGUGAUGAUCUUUUUACCAUUCAGAUCUUAAAAUGACUGAUUAUAAAGUCCAUCGUGUUCAGUUUGUGGAAUUUUUGCCAAAAGCAAUAAACUCUGCAGCAGUAAGUGAGAAAUUAGCACGCGUAGCUCUUUCUCGGGAAGAUGGCUCGAUUGAAAUCAGAGAUCCAACAAAUGAUUGGAUUAUUGACCGGGUUAUUCCAGGCCAAGAGGGACGUACCGUUGAGCAUGUUGUUUGGCUGAACCAACGCUUAUUUACUGGUGGGUUAAAUGGUGAAAUCAUUGAAUGGGACUUAAAAAGAUUACAACCACUUUACACCCAAGAUUCUUAUGGUGGUCCUGUGUGGUGUUUAAAGUUCAGUUUUUCUGGAAAGUAUUUAGCUGCUGGCUGUGAAGAUGGUAGCAUCAGAGUGUUUGAAGUUUGUGAUUCCAGUAUAUUAUAUGAACGUAGCUUACAUAAACAAGAGCACAGGAUUUUGUCGUUAGGUUGGAGUUAUGAUAAUAACUUCAUUGUGUCUGGUGGUUUUGAUUGUACUUUAAGAAUGUACAGUGUAAAAACAGGUGCUAUUAUAUCUCGUAUGACAUCAGACAACCUUAAAGAGGGAAACACAAUGAUUUGGUCAGUUGAAAUUUUAAAAGAUAUGACAAUAGUUGCAGGAGAUUCUUUGGGAAAUACACAAUUUUGGGAUGGAAAUAGUGGUACCUUGCUUCAAUCCUAUCAUUCUCACCAAGCUGAUGUGUUAGCUGUUGUUGUCUGUAAUCAAGAACAGACUGUGUAUUCUACUGGUGUGGAUAGCAAAGUGGUUCAAUUCAACUUAGUCCAAGUAGAGCAAAGACUGAAGUGGAUACAGUCAAAAGCUGUUCGAGCAACAAACCAUGACACAAGAACUCUUGCUGUUUAUAAUGAAAGCCUUUUAUCAGGAGGGUUAGAUCCACGCUUUGUUGUCUAUCCGUUAGAAAAUUUUUCUUCACAAUCGUUUGUUAGGUAUUCAUGUUUACCACUUCCCAAUGCGCUACAACUGUCUCAUCAUCGUAAUCUGCUUUGUUUUCGGGAGCAACAGAAGUUACAUGUUUGGUCAUUAAAAAAUCCAGAGGAUGAUGCAACACAAAGACGAAAGCUGUUUGAAAUUUGCAAUGAUAAUGCAGAUCAUUUAAUCUGCUCUGCCAUUUCGAGUAAUGGAAAAUAUCUUGCCUAUUCAAGCACUGCCAAAUGCAGAGCUCUUGAACUUCAUUUGGAUCCACCUUCUGUAAAAAAGCUUAAUCAUGUUAAAAUGCAACCAUCCACAGAAAUGUGUUUCACUCCAAGUGAAGAAUAUAUUGUUACUGUUGGAUUUGAAGCUGUGAUCAGUUUAUAUCAUUUGCAAAGUGGAAGAAAUGGCAAGCUUAAAUUUCCUGAUGAGACUUUGGUGCAGCUUCCUUUUCGCUUCAUCAGAGUUGAUCAUGACAGCAACUAUAUUUGUGUUGUUGAUGCAGAUUCUCAAUGUUAUAUUUUCUCCAUUGUUGAUGAAGGCUUUGCAUUGGAGCUGCCUAAAAUGAAUGGUCAGGUUACCUUUUGCUCUUUCCAACCGCACACCAAUAAUGUAUUUUUUGCAACAAGUGAGAAAUUCAUGUAUGAAUUUGACAUACCAGAUAAGAAAUUUAAGCCAUGGUUAUUUGAUGUCAAUAAGUCUCAAAUAAUAACAAACAUGGGACGGUUAAAAGACAAAAUAAACGCAAUUGUGUUUAAUCCAAAAGUUGAAAAUGAAAUGUUUGUUCAAACAAAAGAAGUUUUUGGCAAAAUCAUUUAUGAUAGUUUACUGCCUGACAGUGGUAUGCAGAAGAAAAGUUUGAAACGUAAAAAAGGUGGAAAAGUGCUUAAAACUAAUGGACAAUUUAGUAACAUAAUGUUCUUUGAUAUAAAUGUGGCUGGCGAUCUUGUCAUUGUUGAGCGACCAAUGUCUAUUGUUUUAGAGAAUUUGCCAUCUACGUUGAAAAUAAAAAAGUUUGGAAGUUAAUUAUUCGCUUGUUUGUAGUAAAAAGAUGAAAAGUAUCUGCCAUA